AUGCCUGCCCCAUAUUCAGACAACCUCUACUCUGACCCAGACCGUGCCGUCUCGGACCGAGGCCGCGACGACGAUGCGGCCGCCGCCUCAGCCCUGUCCCCCUCGGACGGGUACUUUCGCCAUGACGACGACGACGCCGUCUCGCCCACGUCGCAGCAGCCGUCCCAUGUGUCGCGUCGCUCGGGCAGCGCACCCUACGUACCCAAUGUCUUAGUCGAGGAUCCCACCCUGGCCAAGGACCCCGACUCCAAGGCCCAGAUUGCUCAGCGUCUGAUAAAUAGAGACGCCGGCGCUCAUAACCCUUCCACAUCGCCUCCCCAGCCGCACCAAAACCCCUACUUCCCCUCCUCCGCCUCGGGCGCCUCCAUCGCCACGCCCAGCACAGUCACCUCGUCCUCACAUCCCUACACGCAGAGCACUCGUCACCACGCCAGCGUCCAGGACGACCCCGCGCAGCAGCAGCAUCGUCAGCUUCACGUCAACACGUCCCCCCAGCACCAACCCUCCAACUACAACACCCACGCCUACAACGCACGAGGCGACGCGCCCCCUGCCUACACACCCUCAUCGCCCGAAAAUAACCCCAACAUCCACAGCUACUCUACCUUUCCCGCGUCGACACCUCCUACCAUGGGCGUCCCGGAAGAACGCGAUCAGCUCUUAUCUCCCCAGCAGCAAGCCUUCUCCGACCCCCCCAAACAGCCCCUCUGGCAGCGCAUCAGACAUUCGCACGACUCGGGUUCUCUUCGCAAGAAGAUCAAGAAGAUACUCGGCGUUCUAGUUGUUGUUUCCAUCAUCUUGGUGUUCCUGGGAUUCAACAUGUCUGGCCCCUCGUAUAGAAAACGAAUCAUUGACAAGUCUCCCAUUCGCAUCCCCGACAUGGACGAGAGCGACUUGGUCUGGCGCCCGGCCGCCGGAUCUUGUCGCGAUACUCCGCAGACGUACCCCAAGAAGACGUUCCACGCCAGUCUCAGCUCCGACCGGGUGCUCUCCAUUGAACAAACGAUGCGCAAAAAGAGCUGGACGGAACCAAAUGGUCCUACCCCCAACGUCAACGGCGAAGUCAUUCUGCGCCCGACUGACUCUGGCAAGGCCGAGAUUGAUGUGGAAAUUAUUGCCAACUACAAGGACCUGGACAUUGCUGUCGAGUUUAGCAACAAUGGCGGCACCGACCACGUCAAGGUCACCACGCCGCGUAUUGUCCCCAAUGCUUCGUGGCGCGACGUCUGCAUCCAGAUUCGCAUCACGGCCUGGAUCCCCGAAAAGGCCCUCGUCAACGCCCUCACCGUCAGCACCGUCUCUCUCAACGUCUUUGUCCAGGAGGGACUGGCCCUCGGCGCCGAGAAGGAGGUGGACUUUUCCACCGUGUCCGGAAACCUCAUCUUUCCCGCCGACAACACCGACGUGGAGCCGUACAAGAUGGAGGCGCCUCGCUAUAAGUACUCGACUGUAUCUGGCGACGUCAAGGGCUGGUUUCCCAUGUACCACAACCUGAGAGCCAACACGGUUUCGGGCAACAUUUUCGCCCAGAUUACGCACAAAGACGUUGUGCUCGAGGCGUCCGAAUCCUCCCUUUUGGACUUUUCGUCUGUGUCGGGCGAUCUCAAGCUCAACGAUGGUAGCGAGGACGCGGGCGCGUCUAGUUUCAACAUCCCCCCCCGUGACUACCUCGUGAAGCUGGCGACAACAUCAGGUGGCAUUACCGGCAACCUGCUCAUUGGCUCUUCGUCCAAGUUUUCCUCCGUCUCAGGCGACCUCGAGCUCAACCUGGUGCCCGUUCUCGACGAGCGCUGGCUGCACUCCAGCUGGCGCCCGCUGCUCAAGACGGAGACGACGAGCGGCAACCACCGCGUACAAGUCGCCGACCCGCAGUUUGUCGCCAUUCCCGAUAAACUGAACCCCCCUGAGCGGCCCACGCUCCCCGAAGACCGCAAGGGCAAGGAUCAUCCCGAGACGAAGCGCCGCCGCAUGGCGGAGAAUGCGCGCGGCCUGACGGCGUUGGAGUCGCGCCACUCGUCCAUUAGCGGCAACCUGCACCUCUAUUACCCGGCAUCCUGGGAGGGCACCUUUUCGGCCGAUGCCAUGUCCUCGGACAUUUCCGUGCGCGGCAAGGACGUCGUUGUGGAUAAGAAAAAAGGUGGCUUUGUUGGCAAGACUGUUUCCGGCCACAAGGGUGAGGGCUCCUCGUCGAUGAAGAUUGAUGAGAUGUCGGGGAAUAUCAUCUUGUCGAUUGGACAGGAGUAG